UGCCAUUUCGCCACCCAGCGUCUUCAAUGGAGCAAAGCAAGGGUAUUAUCACAGUCGUGGAUCAGUCGCUGGAUCGGGAAGAUGAAGCAUUAGCGGCGCUUAGGGAGCUCCCGAGGUUCGAACCAUUAGUUGUUCCAGAGCAGCCAAGCCAUUUCUCACUUGCCAAUGUCUUUGGCUCGUUCUCCAUAUACACAGACUCUUCAAAGAAUGAAUCGGCAGAAAUGGCUUUCAACCACAACACGUUGGUAGAUAUGCUGAUACAGAUGAGCUCUCAUCACAAAAAGUGUGCUCAGGAUAUUCAGGAUUAUCAGCGAGGUUUGGCUCAAAAAAUGAAGGCUCUGGACCAUUUUACAACUAGCGCAGUUCAGGGAUUGGCAUCCAUUCAUCAUCAGGCCAAGAGUCACGCAGAUCAGCUCUUGUCUGUCCAUGCGAUUGAAAAGCAGGCAGAGACAACUACGACAUUAUUACAUGGAAUACUCAGCAAGAUUGUUGUAAUUUCUGAUUACUUGCCUGCAGAGGCGUCAGGCCCUGCAAACAAGCCCUCCCCACAAAAGUAUCCAAAUCUGUAUAGAUUUCUCAAUCAGACACCAAGUCAUAGGACAGGGGACGGAAAGGGACAAGGAUGGAUCUCACCCUCUUCAUCAACAACAAAAUUGACUGGAGGAUCUACUAUUGAUGGAUCAUCAGGAUCAAUAUCCACACCCUCUGGACUAGCGCUUUUAGGGCAACACAGCCACAAUCCUACGCCCAAAACGCGAAAACCAGUAGCAACAACAGCAGUGGCAUCUAUGGAUGGCUCUUCAUCUAUGUCCUCACUUUCCUCUACUUCCACCAUCAUAGUACCUCAACAUAUACGGACAUCGGCCCCGACAAUUCCGAAAGCACGUCCGAGUAUGGCUCUCGCGUCUAAUUCAUUGACACAUCUGCCGAUCCAUGCUGGAACUGAAGUUGGAGCUGGAGGAACACUCGACUCACAGCAAAGUCAGGAUGAAUUCCCUGCGACAGGUCGAUCAAUUGAGGGGUCUUCUAAUUCGUCGUCAUCAUCAGCAUCCCUCACACCUUCGUCUUUCUAUCCCUCCUCCAUUUUAUCAUCUUCCUCUCCUUUUCGCUAUAUGUCUCGAAAUAAAACUGUCAGCAGUAAACAGGAUUCACUACUUUUAAGGGCAUCGGACAAUUUACGUCGUUUAGCCAACAAGUCUGGAUCUACUGACACCCACUCUAUAACCCCUACUACGCUACCACCAGGCAACCGUUAGCUAAGCCUGCAUCAGGUGGAUUGUCAAGAUAGGCACGCACGCAGAAUUAUAUGGAGAUACAUUGUAAAAUAUUUAUUUAUUUAAGGUUGUAACAGUUGAAUAAAAAAAAAAACC